AUGGUCAAGUACAAGAUCCUCGUGGUCACUGGAGACUCGCUUUUUGCAGGUUCCACCAACCCGGUGCAGCUGUGGCUGGUGGGCGAGCAUGGGGAGGCAGACCUUGGGAAACAGCUGCGGCCACUGCUGGGAAAGAAGACGGAGCUAGAGAUCGACGUCCCCGUGCAUCUAGGGCGCCUCCUGGUGGUGAAGCUGCGCAAACACAAAGGCCUAUUCGAUUCUGACUGGUUCUGCAAGUGGAUCUCUGUGCAGGGUCCGGGGACCCAAGGAGAAGCCUUUUUCCCCUGCUACAGUUGGGUGCAGGGCAAGCAGACGAUCUGCCUACUCGAGGGCACUGCCGUGAAGGUAAACGAUGACACUCAGAAUCUGUUUAGGAGGUAUCGAGAGCAGGAGCUGGAGGACCGAAGGAGUGUGUAUCGGUGGGGCUCCUGGAAGGAGGGAUUAAUCCUGCCUAUAGCAGGGAGUACAGAACGGGACCUCCCCAGGAACCAGAGAUUCAUGAAGGAUAAGGAUUUAGAUUUUUCCCUCUCUCUGGCCAAAGUGUUGAAGGACCUUGCUGUUAAGGGGCCUCUAGAUUUUUUAAGUCGUGUACAAAAACUAGAAGAUUACAAGAAAACAUUUCCACAUACAAAGACUGCUCUGUCAGGGCGGGUCCGUGAUUCCUGGAAGGAUGACGCCCUCUUUGGGUACCAGUUCCUCAACGGUGCCAACCCCAUGCUCCUGAGGCGGUCCGAGCGCCUUCCAGCCCGGCUGGUCCUGCCCCCAGGGAUGGGAGACUUACAGACGCAGCUGGAGAAGGAGCUCAAGGCUGGAUCUCUGUUUGAAGCUGACUUCUCUCUGCUGGAUGGGGUCAAGCCUAACAUCAUCAUUUUUAAGCAGCAGUAUGUGACAGCCCCUUUGGUCAUGCUGAAGCUACAGCCUGACGGAAGGCUCUUACCCAUGGUCAUCCAGCUCCAGCCACCUCGAUACGGAUGUCCCCCACCCCUGCUCUUCUUGCCCUCAGAUCCCCCCAUGGCCUGGCUCCUGGCCAAGAUCUGGGUCCGAAGCUCUGAUUUCCAACUGCACCAGUUACAGUCACAUCUGCUAAGGGGACAUCUAAUGGCCGAGGUUCUCUCUGUGGCCACAAUGAGGAGCUUACCCAGCCUGCAUCCCAUAUACAAGCUCCUUGCUCCCCACUUCCGCUACACCAUGGAGAUCAACACCCUGGCCCGGAAUAAUCUUGUCUCUGAAUGGGGAAUUUUUGAUCUGGUGGUGAGCACUGGGAGCGGCGGCCAUGUGGACAUUCUCCAGAGAGCCACGUCGUGUUUGACCUACCGCUCCCUUUGCCCUCCGGACGACCUGGCUGACCGUGGGCUCUUGGGUGUGAAAUCUUCUCUGUAUGCUCAGGAUGCCCUCAGGCUAUGGGAGAUCAUCAGUCGGUAUGUGGAAAGGAUGGUUGAGCUCUUCUACAGGAGGGACCAAGAUGUGAAGGAAGACCCAGAGCUGCAGGUCUGGUGCCGCGAGGUCACUGAGGUCGGACUGCUUGGGGCCCAGGACCGAGGGUUCCCCCUGACCUUAGAGUCCCGGGCUCAGCUGUGUCGUUUUGUCACUAUGUGCAUCUUCACGUGCACUGGUCAGCACGCUUCUACACAUCUGGGUCAGCUGGACUGGUAUGCCUGGAUCCCAAACGGCCCGUGCACCAUGCGGAAGCCCCCACCCACCUCCAAGGAUGUGACAGAGAGGGACAUACUGGACACGCUGCCUUGUCUCCAGCAGGCGCGGAUGCAGAUGACAUUCACCCAGUUCCUUGGCAGACGCCAGCCUGUCAUGGUGGCCCUGGGGCAGCAUACAGAGGAGUAUUUCUCAGACCCUGGGCCCCGGGAUGUGCUGAAGCAAUUCCAGGAGGAGCUGGCUAUCAUGGACAAGGAGAUUGAAGUGCGGAAUGCGAGCCUGGACCUGCCCUAUGAGUACCUCCGACCCAGCCUGGUGGAAAACAGUGUGACCAUCUGA